AAAAAUCACCGAUAAGAAAAGGUGAAAUUAGGGUUUUUCGGUUCCUAUAAAAGAACUACCAAAGCCCCAAGAUUCUCAAGCUCAACGUCUCUCUCAUUUUGCGGUUGUAUUUUAAUAUUUGCUCAGAAUAAUCAUGGGAAAGGGUCCUGGUCUCUAUACUGAAAUCGGGAAGAAAGCCAGAGAUCUUCUGUACAAGGAUUACCAGACUGACUACAAGUUCACCAUCACUACCUACUCUCCUACUGGAGUUGCCAUUACAUCCACAGGUUUAAAGAAAGGUGAGCUGUUUCUGGCUGAUGUCAAUACUCAGCUUAAGAAAAAGAAUAUCACUACUGAUGUCAAAGUGGACACAGACUCUAAUCUUUUUACAACCAUUACAUUUGAUGAACCUACUCCUGGGCUGAAGGCAAUUUUGAGCUUCAAAGUUCCAGAUCAAAGGUCUGGCAAGGUGGAGAUUCAGUAUCUGCAUGACUAUGCAGCUGUAAGUUCAAGUAUUGGGUUGACACCUAACCCUAUUGUUAACUUCUCUGGUGUCAUUGGAACCAAUGUUGCCUCACUUGGUGCGGAGCUGUCAUUUGACACCAAAACUGGGAACUUCACAAAAUGCAAUGCUGGACUCAGCUACUCAAAUGCUGAACUAAUUGCUUCGUUAAACCUGAAUGACAAGGGUGACUCCCUUAAAGCAUCCUACUACCAUAUUGUGAACCCAGCACAUGCUGUUGGUGCAGAGGUGAGCCACAGCUUCUCAACCAAUGAGAAUACUAUUACAGUUGGCUCCCAGCAUGCAUUGGAUCCAUUGACCACAGUGAAGGCACGAGUGAACAAUUUUGGCAGGGUAAGUGCCCUUGUCCAGCAUGAGUGGCGACCAAAAUCGUUGUUCACCCUUUCUGGAGAGGUGGAUAGCAAGGCUAUUGAGAAGAGUGCCAAGUUUGGAUUGGCUCUUGCUCUCAAGCCAUGAGCGGCCCAUUGUUUUGAAGGUAGUAGGUUGGGCAUUAGAAGUGCAUUAUGGUUCUGUCUGGACCAUCUUUUUUCUGUUCCUAAGGUUCUGUCUGAGUUCUCAUGGUGAUGCCUCUUUCUUUCCAUUUUGGUGGUUUUGGAUGUAAAAAUAAAAAAUUUAGAGGUGUCAAAAACCCAUGCCAUUACUGUCCGAGUCCUCACAAUCUCUAAUUACUGCAACUUAAACUGAAGUUGUAUACCCUUAUUUCAAGAGGGUUGAGUUCAUAAUUCCGUUCCAAUUCUUUGA